AUGUCAACUCGCUCAUCAGGAUGCUUAACAUCAAUAUUCAGAAGUUGCAAGCCAAAAUCUCAUCGAAAGACUGUGUGCGCUAAAAGUAAUAUCUCCUUAUGCAAUUCUCAAGAAUCAAUCACUCAAAAUUAUAGUCUUCAGACCUCUCAAUCUUUACCUAAAAUAAUAAGCCCUGCUCAAAAUUUUCUUGAUGCCAACCAGUCAAUUUCGCAUAAGCCACGCAUAGUGAUUAAAAAAGAUAAUAAAUUUGAGCUGCAACGCAUUGAGGGAAAAAGUAUAAAAAAUAGUGAGAUUAAAUCUCCUAGAAUUUUUGAAUCAAAUGAAUCUAUGCAAGAAGAUAAAAAUAAUGGAAGCUUAUUGUCUAUACAAACUUGCAGAGAAAUUUUCAAUAGUCCUAAUGAUAUAUCUUGGAAAAAAACAUUCUCAAAAAUCAACCCUUUGCCAAAUCCUUUUGUUUUUGAUGCAAAAUUAUUAAAGCCGAAAUUAGCUGCAAUAACUCCAAGACAAUUACUCAAGGGAAAGACAAUAAUUGAUGAAAAUAAAACUGAGAGAAAUGAGCAGAAAUCUAAAAGAAAAAUCAAAAAGGCAGCAAUAAAACCGAUUAAUACCCAAGAAAUUUCAAAUAUAUAUAGAAGGCGCAUAUUCAUAAAGGAAAAAAAUAAAGAUUUAUGUAAAAAUUUUGGGGACCGAGAUCUAACAUCCCGAAAGCAUUCACUGUAA